AUGGAGCAAGUAGAAGUGAUUAAUCCAAGAACAAUUGUGUCAGAUUUUGAAUGCUAUGCUACUUCUUUGCAUAUCAUAUUCUCCUACAAAAAGAGAAGAAGAGAAUUUAAUACUGGACCACUCUCAGUAUUAACACAAUCUGUAAAAAAUAAUACACAAGUCUUAAUUAAUUGUAGAAAUAAUAAAAAAUUAUUAGGAAGAGUAAAAGCAUUUGAUAGGCAUUGCAAUAUGGUUUUAGAAAAUGUAAAAGAAAUGUGGACUGAACUUCCACGUACUGGAAAAGGGAAAAAAAAGGCAAAACCAGUAAACAAGGAUAGAUUUAUUUCUAAGAUGUUCCUAAGAGGUGAUUCUGUAAUUUUAGUUCUACGGAAUCCAUUAGCAACAGCAUCAGGAAAAUAAUUUUACAAAUAAAUUCACUUUAAAAUUCUACUGUAACUUAUUACUUAUAAUUAUUUACUAUAAAUGAAAAAUAAAAAUUUCAAAUAAAUUUCUUAAUAAAUUUAAA